AUGGCCGCGCGAUUGGCUGCACUGAGCGAUGACCAGAAAGAGAAUCUCAAAGCCACAUCGGCGCGAUCCCGCUUCUGUGACCAUCAAUCACCUGGUACAAUUGCGCGUCGAAAGCAAGCCCGCAGCAAUUACUCUCAGUACUGCCAAACGAUCUACGAGAUUAACGACGAGGAAACGAUGUACAGAAGCGAGACCCUCAUUGGUGCACUCCAAUUUUGGAUCGAUACGUAUACGCACAACUUCCGAUCCAUCGAGACCGACUACCACUCCCGUGUGUCGGGACACAUCCAUAUGGUCGCCGUCGAACAAGGACUAUUGACAAGAAGCCGAGAGCGAAAUGAACUCGGCGAGCUCGAGCUGGGUCUGAUGUAUGCCAGGGUCAUGACACUCCAAGAGAGCUCGAUUACGGUCGGCAAGGGCUACCAGCAGGGUGCUCCCCGCGGCGGCGCUAUGAGCGACAGCAUACCCACGCGCACUGAGGCUCAUACACCCCAGUGGUCCGACGUAAAGUUCGAGAGGUUCGAACAAAACUACUCUUGCCUGGUAACGUUUCGCUUCAACAAAGGACACCAGGACCCGCACCGACAGAGCAGCCGGGACGGCUCCAGAGAGUUCUUUUUUGCCCCCAAACAAGAGCGCCUCCACUUAGACAUCAGUGCCCUCCUGUUUGCGGAAGCGUAUACUCGCGGCCUGUUCGUUCACCCGCUAGACGUUCUGCUGACCAACGACGCUAUUCGUUUCCCUGUAACCAGAGGAGAAGUCGCCAGGCAGGCAGUCUUCGUCGCGGCUAAUACGAAGGGCCAACUCAUACCAGAUCAAGAAAUGCGACAAGUCGCCCUAAACAAACACCUACAGGACUUCAGCCUCGCCGUCGGGAUCCUUUGUUACUUUUCUAUGUAUUCGUUCCGACGACAGGCGGCGCAGGAAGCGAAGAGCGAGUAUUCAAGCGAGGACGCAAUGGCGCUACUCGGCCACCGCGCGAGCAACCCAGAUACUCUCCGCCAUUACGACAAGCAUGGCUUCGACCGAAGGGACAUGACUUCAUUCAGGCUGGGUGGCGUGCAACUCGAAGAUGCAUCCAUACGUAAAUUCUUCUCGCCCUCCAAUCGACUCGACGCAUCGUCCGGAGUACCAGGCAGAUCUCUAAAGCAAGAGGUCCACGCACGCGUACGCCAGAUGAUCAUCUUAGACCCUGAGUACAAGAAAUUCGAGGCCGACCUACACGGCAUCCUAAGCCAAAUCCACCACAAGCUGCAAGAGUGCAACCUCAUCUUGCCCGAAGAAGUAUACAGCAUCGAGAGCCGCAACAUCGGCAAGUGCGAAAAGAUGAUGGGGGGUAUCGAGGAGGCCGCGAUCAUGGAACUCAGGGGAAAGUUGGACGAACGUAUCGUUCUGCGGAAAUUUGCCCGUGUGGCUGUCACUCAGCGCACCAAGGAAGCCCUUCGCAAGAGCAUCGAGAGCACAUCGGCGGAGAGAGGAAGGAUGGGGCAGUAUGUGAACGAGAUGGACAUUAAAGGAGCAGAAGAUGACGAAUACGUGGAAAUCGUCAUCGAGCUCGUCGGCUGGCAAUGCACGGAUCAGUCUAGCCGAUCUACCUGGGGCCAUUUCUUGACGCCUCGGGUUCGAUCCGAAGAGGUGAUCGUCCGGCUGAGUGGUCCACGCAGAUCCAUAGUCGAAAAGUUCAUCUGCGUCACCAAGCACGACACAAAAACCAUCGCCACUAUGCUCGUAGACCGCAUGAGCAAACUGAAUGUCAUCCGCUCAGUAGGCUUCCCCCGCUACGUUCAUCGAGCAAUACCAGAUUCAUCGCGACAUCCUGCUGCAUCACUUCCAAACCUUCCGAUGGAACUCCUCCUUUGGUUUAUCGACAAUAAUGGUGUAUCCUCUUGCGACAUCCGGUCUCUCCGCCUUACUUGCAAGGAGGUGAAACUGAAAUGCCGUAACAGGUUCUAUGACACCAUCGAAAAGUCUACUGUAUUCUUGCAGCUAGACGCUGGGUUUCCUGCUCGCGCACUGGCGUUGGCAAAGUACCAGGAGUGGAGUGACAACAUCACGUCCGUCCACCUCGAGGUCCCACGAAACAAGUUCUUCUACGCAUCAGAACAGGCGUAUUGGAAUGGAGGAUGGGACAUGAACACCACAAAGGACAAUUUCGCCGAUAUGUGA